AUGGAGCUCGUGGAGGGGAGGAAGAUCUCCUGCAAGAAGCUCGCCUUCCUGCUCUUCAGCUUCGUCUUCAGCUCCUCUCUGUUUAUUUUUCUCUACCAGUUCAGGAGCUCGGGGGCAGAGCAUUACAAUUCCAACCUGCCCGCUCCCACGGCCCGCGUUGAGAAGACGGGUGCCCCACCCCAGGGCGAGCACCCGCUGACCAUCCUGCUGUGGCAGUGGCCCUUUGGGCAGCACUUUGACUUCAUCAACUGCUCGGAGCUCUCCCGCACCCCCAACUGCCACUUCACCCUCAACCGCAGCUGGUCCCACAGGGCCGACGCCGUCAUUGUGCACCACAGGGACGCCUGUGGGGACCCGAGGGGGCUGGCCCAGCUCCCCAGACUCCCCUCCCAGCGCUGGAUCUGGUUCAACCUGGAGUCUCCAAGUCACUCUCCAAACUUAGGCGCCAUGGACAACCUCUUCAACCUCACCAUGUCUUACCGCAGAGACUCGGACAUCUUCACCCCUUACGGGGAGCUGCAGCUCCUCGGCCAGCCCCAGCCCCUCAGAAUCCCACCCAAGACCAAGCUGGUGGCCUGGGUAGUCAGCAACUGGAGAGAAGAUUCCCACCGCGUGAGGUACUACCAGGAGCUGAAGAAACACAUCACUGUGGACGUCUAUGGGCAUUACCACUUGCCCCUGCCCCAGGACAAGCUCCUCCCCACCCUGUCCAAAUACAACUUCUACCUGGCUUUUGAGAACUCGCAGCACGAAGACUACAUCACCGAGAAGCUCUGGCGCAACGCCUUGUCCUCUGGCACCGUCCCUGUGGUGCUGGGACCUUCUCGAGAAAACUACGAGCGCUUCUUGCCCCCCGACUCCUUCAUCCACAUCAACGACUUCGCCAGCCCCGAGGACCUGGCGCGGUACCUGCGGGGGCUGAGCGAGGACCCCGAGAGGUACCGGCGCUACUUCCAGUGGCGCAGGUGGUUGAAACCCGUGGUGGGCUCCAGCUGGGCCUCCCACAUCUGCAAAGCUUGUCACUUCUUGCAGACGACAGAGGCCAGGUACCGGGUCGUGCCCCAUCUCUCCGGGUGGUUCGUGUAA